AUUAGAUGUCCCUAAAUUCGCAAUUCCCCAAACAAGUUCCAUUCUUACCUGGUCAUGUAUUCUCAGAUCCCUUUAAAGAAAAUCAUCAUAAAACUUAACAAUUUUCUCAUAUCAAUGGAACUGUGUAAGAGAAAACAAACUUUAUUCAUGAAGAAUUCGAUCCAAACCUUAUGGAUUCAAUGAAAUUUAAUGCUCCACCUAAUCUAACUUAUGGUAGCAGACAACCACCAGAAAAUGAUUACAUUCCUCGUAUCUAACCACCAUGGUUAAAAUAUGAUCGAGCUGUUUUACGUUUCUAUGGAUAUUUCUAAGAAUCUGUUGUUGAAAAUCCUAAUGAAAAUUUCAGAAUAAGGAAAGUCAUUAUCUAUUACUAUUUAUCAGAUGGAACAAUACAUGUAGCAGAAGUAAAUUAUAUUUAUAAUUAUUUCUAGCCAAGACAACCUAAUGCUGGAAUCCCUUAGGGUUUAUUUAUUAAAAGAUAAAAAAUACCCAAAAAAUUGGGUAAAUAAGACUUUUACUUAUGGGAAGAUUUUUAAUUAUGCACCAAUAUCAAUUUUUAUGAAAGAGUAAAUUCGAAAUUUUUAUGUUUUUUUUUAGGUAUUUAGAAUUCAAGAUUGUGAUACAUUCACUAGAGAAUUCUAUGAAUAUAUGGGUAAACCUUUAAGUUUACCAGAACAAAUGCCAAGAGAUAAUUUUGAAACUAUUAGAGAAACUAAAGAUCUUAAAAUUAAUCCACCUGAUACCAAAGAAUAUAAAGAAUAUUUUGAAGUCAAAUUAGGUGGAGGUCAUCCUAAUGGAGGAUUAAAUAAAUAUUUGUAAAAUGAUAGAAAAGUCUUAUCAUUUGAUAUUAUCUGGGAUGAUGCCUCCAUUGAAGGAUAAUUAAAUUAUUACACUUUGAAUUAUUAUCUUGCUGAUGAUACAUGUGAAGUUAAAGAAGUGAGAAAACAGAAUUCAGGAAAGGAUCCUUAUCCAUUAAUGUUAAGAAGAUAAAAGAUACCAAAAGCUCCAAUUCUAACUCAUUAUCCAGGAAUGACCCUUAAGAAAGAAGAAUUCUACAGUCCUUAGGAUUUAAUUUGUGGAAACACAGUAAAGAUUUAUGGAAGAGACUGUUUCAUAUAUGGAUGUGAUGAUUUUACAAAGGAAUAUUAUUUAAAUGUUUUAGGAAUUCAAUAAAAGUAAGAUAUAUUUAAAAAGAUAUAAAGACCUGCCACAUUAAAAUAAGAGAGAGGGAAAAAGUUCUAUUAGCCUGUUCCUCCAUAUAAUGGUUAUGGAUAUGAAGAGGAUUCUUUAGGAUCAGUGUAUUCUUUAUAGCCGAAACCACCAAAGAAGGAUGUCAGAAAGAAUUUUACAUAAGAUUAAUUCAUACUAAGAUUUGAAGCAAGAUAAAUCAGUGAAGUUAGAGAAGAGAAUUCAAGAAGAUUUAUAAUAUCUUUUUAUUGUGGUGAUGAUACUGUUUAAGUUUAUUAAACAUCUGAAAGGAAUAGUGGAAUUUGGGUAUUGAUAUUUGAUAAAUUGAAAGGGUGGAAAAUUCUAAGAGAGAUCUAGAUAAAAGAAUCCUUUAACAAAUGAUUAUUAUACUGAAAAGGUAUUGAGUUUAAAUUUAAAUAAAAGGAUUUUUAAUUGGGUGGAAUUGUUUAAUUUAACGUUUACAAAUUCUAAUUGAUGAGAGCAGAUGAAUUUACUAUCAACUAUAUGAAAUAAAAACCAGAUGUUUUUAAAGAAGCUGACAUCUCUUAAAUAAUAGCAAAAUUAAGACUUUUUGCUGAUGGAUAUUAAAAUUUUGAUAGUUUCUUAAUGGACUUAAUGAAGUAUUUAAUAAAAUGAAAUAAUAAAGGAAAUUAGAUAAAUAACUUAAAGGAUAUAUUGGAUUUGAAGAAUUAUCUUAAGGUUUAUUAGAAUUAGGAUUUAAUUUAACAUUACAAGAAUAAUAUUUCUUAAUGAGAGAAUUUGAUAGAAAUGGAGAUUGGAAAUUGUGUAUGCAAUCAUUAUGGGAAUCAUUGGGAGGUAAAAGAAGUUGA